CGCAGCGGUACGCCCGGGUAAACUGCUCGACGAAUUCCACUUCUGGGCAGGUUUGGUGCGGCAGCGGCUCAGCAAAGGCCACUUUCUCGCACCCAGAUCUGCAAUCCUAGUGUCUUACAGACCGCUAGCCCUCGGCAUGCUUGCCAGGGCUGUAUAAGCCGAUAGCGCGCACUGGGUGGGCGAGCAUCCAUCGCAUUACGCCCGCGACAAACGGCCCGACACGACAAGACGACCGAUAGCUCGCCGACAGCUUGGGAACCCAACAAAACCAUCUCUGUGACAAAUUGGCUAGCCAAAUCCAGCGUGCGUGCUUAGCGUGCCCGCUUAACUUUUCCGGCGCAAGUACUCGCUGAUAGGAGGGAUGAUAAUCGAACGCGACACCUCCACGCUCUGGGCCUGGGCCGCCGCCCUGGCGGUCGUCUCCGGGCUAUUUACUAUCGUCGUCCAGCCCCUCGUCGAGCGUUGGGGCCUCCGACAGAAGUGGAUGCCCCGUUGCCUAGAACUGCAGCGCCACGUCUCUAUAGGCAUGGGAACGCCGAAAGACUGGUGCGACGACGAGCACUGCCUGAGGGCGUGGGCUGGAGGCAUCCUCGCGUUCAUGUUCCACGCCACCUGCGGCUCGCUCAUGCUACCGGUCGUGAUCUACGGAUGGGGCGCGAGCGAGACGUAUCAGGACAUGUUUUUGUUCGGUUCCCUGCUAGACCUAGGUUGGGACUUAUUUAGCCAAAUACAAGUCUAUGUGGCGACGUUCCACGGCGACGUAUCAGACCGCUGGGGCUGGGCGCGUUGCCCGCGGGGUCUAUUUCCGUUCAUCGUCAUGCAUCACGCGUUGGCGUAUAUCAUCGUCGUGCCUAUGGAUAACAAGUACGCGCCCGUGUGGAAAUCAAAAUUUUACGGCGCGUUCGUGCUAAAUCAUCGCGUCGUCUGCCACGCCAUACUGAUUAAUUUCCACACAGGUACGCCCACCUUCCGGACUACCACCAGGUCUGCCUGUCGCUACUGGGAGCGGCGGCGUGCGCCACGAUCAAGAUGAGGUGCCUUUUCGCGCGGGCGCUCUACGAAAACGAGUGUGCCACGCUUGACCAUCUCCGCGAGGCAGUGACGACGCUCGAGGACGCGGAACGGAUUACGCGGCGCCUGCUCGGUGGCGCCCAUCCGUUCAUGGUAGCGAUAGAGGAAGGAUUGCGAGAAGCGCGAGACGCCCUCCGCGCCCGAUCCGCGGCGCCCUAGCGAGUAAUCGACGAACUUGAACGCAACGAAGACUAGAACCUACAUUUCCCUCUCCUUA